AUGUCUACACUGCCCCGCAAGGCCCAGGCGCGGGUGCAGGCUUGCUGCAGAGAAGUUGAGGAGGGGAGGAGGCAGGACGUUGACCGGAUCUUCAACGGGAUCAUCGGGCACGUGGCGGAUCUGAUGAUGAACCCGUUUGGGAAUUACCUGGUUCAGAAGCUGCUCGACGUGUGCACCGAGGAGCAGAGGAUGAAGAUCGUGCUGAAGCUUACUCAGGAUCCGUCGGAGAUCAUCAGGGUCUCGUUGAACACUCAUGGGACAAGAGCAGUGCAGAAGCUGAUUGAAACUCUCAAAACCCAGCAGCAAAUCAGGCUAGUUGUUUCAGCCCUUAAACCAGGUUUCCUCAAUCUCAUCAAAGAUUUGAAUGGAAAUCACGUCGUCCAACGCUGCUUGCAAUCUCUAUCAGCUGAAGAUAACCAGUUCAUUUUUGAUGCUGCUGCAAAGUAUUGCGUUGAUAUUGCAACUCAUCGACAUGGAUGUUGUGUCCUGCAACGCUGCAUAACUUUUUCGACUGGAGAAUACCGAGCACACUUGGUUAAUGAGAUUGCUGCUAACGGGCUGCUUCUGGCGCAAGAUGCCUUUGGAAAUUAUGUUGUUCAAUUUAUUCUUGACCUGAAGAACCCAUCAGCGGCAUCAAACUUGGCAUCUCAGUUUGAAGGCAACUAUGUGCACCUCUCCACUCAAAAAUUCAGUAGUAACGUGGUGGAGAAAUGCCUCAAGCUUUUCACCGACAAUGCUCAAGCAAGGAUAGUAAUUGAACUCCUUUCAGUUAAUCGGUUCGAGAUGUUGCUGCAAGAUCCUUAUGCCAAUUAUGUUAUCCAGUCUGCUUUGGCACACACCAAGGGUCCUCUCAAUGUUGCUUUGGUCAAUGCUAUUCGCCCCCAUGCUGCCAUCCUUCGAACCAGCCCAUACUGCAAGAGGAUCUUCUCUCGUACCCAGCUAAGGAAGUGAGUGUAAAUUCUUGUGUCAAGAAGAAGCCUCUGUUGUUGUCUCCAAUCUCUUUUAGUACAUUAGUUCAGAACUUCGGCGCGUUGGAAUGAGAUUCCAUUUGUACGUCUUCUGGCAGUUCUAUAUGCAUGUAGCUUUCGAUGUUGUAGGGUACGUGUAAAAUAAGCUAUCUCGCUUGGGCUUAAUUUAGGUGUUUGUGUGGGGGUCGUAGGCAGUCUAUGUAUUAUUCUAUGUUGUUUUCUAGAUGAUGAUCUAAACUUAUAAACUUCUCCUGUUGUCAAAACAAUUGCUUGGAUGCAAUGGUGAGGUGUAAUAACGGUACCUUAGCUUUCUGCUACUGAAAUGGUUAUGAAUUUUGUUGUA